AUGGGUGCGGUGAGCCAUCUGCUGGCCAAACACGAUGUCACAGUCUGCCGAGGCCGCGUGGAUAUCCACAGAGAACAAGGCAAAGUGGAGCGUUUCAACCGUACUCUGGCUGAGCGGCUCUUUGGGCAUCAGUACACCCAGGAGAUGCGCAUCCCUCCUGAGCACCAGUCUACUGAAUGGGUAGCUCGUCUGCCCUCUGUUGUGGCCGCUCUGAAUAACGAGACAACGAGACUGAUCGGUAAAAUGCCGAAAGACGUCAUCAAGGCAAAAGGGGUGCCCAAUAAGCCUUCCUCGACGGUUCCAGGUCGUCCCUUUGGACUUAAUGAGAGGAAGAUCCUCGAGGGUGUUGGCCUCCGGGUAGAUUCCAGAACAUCGGGAAAUACAGUCACCGUCACAGAAAACAGCACAGUGACAUUUACAUGCAACACCAGUGAGUCCAAUCCUAGUGCCGUUCUGACCUGGUACAACAACAGCAAUCCUAUGACAGCGGCAGAUAUGUCAGGUGUGAGCUCACAUGAAGGGCACAAUCACGGGUACCUGACCACCCAGCGGUAUACAGUGAGAGUUAAUCGAUAUCAGGAUGGUGACGUCAUCAGUUGUGAGGCUCAGAGACCUGGUAAUAGAGGCAGGAAACGUGCAUCAUCCAAUCUCACACUGGAUGUCAAGUACGGACCCAUGUUUACCAGCUGUAAAUCAUCGUACAUUUUCGUGGAGAAUGUCACGGCUGAGCUGUCCUGUACUACCUGGGCUAAGCCUGAGCCCACGAUAAGCUGGAGUCGCGGAGGUCAGCCGAAUGACCUGAGCGUGACAAAUCACAGAUAUACAUCUGUGCUCAGGUUCGGCAAGAUCAACAGGACUGUCUCUGGAGCCUACAUUGUGACAGCUAGUAAUAAUGUGAAGAGAGUAGAGAGGAUAGUCAAUGUUUCUGUGUACUAUUCCCCGGAUGUAUCUGUGGUUCUGGCAUCAGGAGAAAAUGUCACAGAAGGAAACCCUCUACAGCUGGAAUGUCGUGCUGAAGCUGUUCCUCAAAACUACACCUACUCUGCCUGGAGUCGCACCAUUGGUGACCGUCCUGUACCACUGAUAAACAGCAGCCCUGGGAAAUCCCUGUCCAUCAGUGAGGUGACGUUUAGAGAUCAAGGUAUAUACCGGUGCGGAGCCAGUAACGGGUUUGGAGGCGUUAAGAGGGGACAACUGGGGGUUAGGGUUCGAGCCCUACCACAGUUUCCCCGUCAAAUCAAACAACAAGCAGCAGCCCUGGGUGAAAAUAUCAAACUGAUGUUUAAGUUUGUGUCGUAUCCCGCCUAUGUGAGCCUCACGUGGUACAAACUGUCCAACAACAUGGCCAACACGAUAUUAGAAAGACUAGUCGUACCCGACACACCCGGGAGUAAAUUCCAAAGUCACGUGAUGGAGGCUGAGCACGAAUUUCUGUUUUACGACACCAAAGUCCUGCUUUCUGGUCACGUGGCGGAACUAGAAAUCUCUGACGUUAAACAUGAUGACUUCGGGCAAUACAAAUUUGUUGCUGAAAAUGACGUGGGAUCUUCUGAGACCAUCAUGUCUUUUAACAUAAUAGAUCGUCCGUGCCCACCCACUUUAACAACCCUCUUAUGUGAAAACCGUGUGGCCAAUGUCACGUGGAUUUCCUGUUUCAAUGGCGGUUCGUCUCAGAUAUUCAAACUCCAGUACAAAAAGAAGGGAGGUAAUUGGGUAAUACAUGAUGAUAUAACAGACCCGGGAGAGAAUAUGACUGUGAGCAAAGUGGUGGAGAGUCUAGACGAUGGGGCUCAAUACAGCUUCAGAGUGUACGGUCAGAACAGGUGGAACAAAAGCGACACUGUAGAGACGAGUUGUACAGUUACAGUUUCUGUUGUACCUUCCGGUACCACCAGUGAUUUAGCCGGUCCCGUGGUAGGCGGUAUCUCCGCAGCUAUCGUUUUACUGGGAAUUGGGCUUCUAGUUGUUGUCAUGUUCCGUCGUCGAAAGCAAGGUAGCCGUUCCUCAGGAGAAACAGAAAGUACCGGAGUCUAUGAAAAGGUGGAUCUGAUGCUCAACUCAGGUAAAUAUGUCCCAAUAAAAGAGGUUAGAACUCUCCGGCUGAGUAGUAUAGAGAAUAGGAGUUCUGGACCACCCUCCCCUGGUGUCCUCUCCCCGGCAAAUAGAGGCUCCCAGCCCCCUUCCCUGCUUCUGGGGGUCCUAAUAGACAUAUCCAUUGCACCAGGUAUACUUGGAUAA